CACUUCUCGAUGACUGCAGAUUGCAGUCAAAGAUAAAUACCACAUGGGAGCUUGAGGGUUGCAGUUCCUUUCCAUUGCAGCGUGCUCCACGAGGCACUUUUUCACUCGAAUUGCUUCCUGGUCUUCUGGCGGGUCACUCAUUGCUCGCGGCCUGCCUGGAGUCGUUGUUUCGACUUUGCAGUGAGCAGUUACGUGAGAAUAGGGAGGGCACCAAAUCGAAGAUGGAGGAGUCGAUGGAACUUGUCGCUGCAAAAUGCGGUAAACAGCUGAACGAAUACCAACGCUGUAUUCUCUCCUCCCGCUCCGACUCGAACCCCGCCGCAAAGUGCGCUUUGUACCAACGAGCUCUAGCGCAAUGCAGCGCCGAAGCUGUACCACUGAUUGCCGCGACGAAGCGACACUGCUCAGCGCAGAUCAGGGCAUACGACGCUUGCUUGCAGGCGCACGUUUCCAGGGAUGAUGCUGCAGACGCGUUACAGAAGGAAUGCUCUGGUGUGCUUAGAGAGCUGUGGAGGUGUACGGAGAUGGUCAAAACCAGGUAUCAGAGCGAAAAAUAUUCAACAGAGGGCGAGGAGGCACGAGCGCAAGCUGAAAAGGUGUUGGGGAUAUAGCACAGCGCGGGAGAGAAGUAAGAACGAAGUGCAGCUCAGCUGGCCAGUCGUCAUACA